GGGGGCCGCCCGCCAGCAUGUCGGCCCGCGACGUGUGGCCCUUCCUCACGAAGACCCUGUGCGCCCACGGGGGCAGCCUGGACCUGCGGGAGCUGCCCCAGCACGUGGAGCUGCCCGAGUCGCAGCUGGGCCGGAUCGUGGGGGACGCGGGGCCGGGCCGGUUCCUACUGCAGCAGGCCGGUGGGACCUGCCAGGUGCUGGCCGUGACCCCGCUGCGCCUCUGCGUGCGCAAGGAGUGCAAGGGCUGCGAGCGCCUGCACCUCUGCAAGCUGCACCUCAUGGGCAGGUGCCGCGUGCGGUCAUGUAAGUACAGCCAUGACAUCGCCACAGAAGAGAACCGAAAGGUUCUAAGGACCAAUGAUCUCUCCGGCCUCAAUGAGAAUGAGCUGCGGGUCUUGCUCCUUCAAAAUGAUCCUUUUCUCCUCCCUGAUGUUUGCCCAUUCUAUAACAGAGGCGAAGGGAAUUGCGCUGAACAACAUAAUUGCACCAAACUUCACAUUUGCCGGCACUUUCUCCAUGGACAGUGUAGGUUUCCCAACUGCAAGAGAUCCCACAGCCUUCUGAAUUCAAAAGCACUGACGUUGCUGACACCGGUAGGGGUGAAUGAUAAUGCGGCUCAAAACAUCCAACUGAUCUGUGAUCACAAGCAUGCUACAUUUAGCCAGGAAAUAAGCCAGAGGAAAACUCUCAACAAUACUGAAGAAGCUAGAAAUAAAAGGAAAGUACAUACUGGCAAUAAAGAAAAAAAUGAGUCUACAGAAACUUCCAGUACACCUACCUCUCCAUCAUGUGCCUUUUCAUCGGAAGCAUCAACAUCACAAGCUGCAAAAGCCUUCUCUGCUCGUAAAACUGCUAGGAGCAGUGAUGUGAAUAAAUGUAAUGAGAUUUGCCUGUUCCACAUCUGGAAGUUCUGCAAACAUAAAGAAAAAUGCAGGAUGCUUCAUUACCAUCUGCCUUAUCGAUGGCAGGUAUUUAAUGGAGUAAAUUGGAAUGACCUUGCCAAAAUGGAGGAAAUUGAAAAGGCCUAUUGUGACCCAAAUAAUAGCAGCUUACCACUUCAGAACAUCAAUUUUCAAAAAAUGAUGUAUGCCUUUGCUGAACUUCGUCGCCUUUCUACACCAUCAUCUGUUACAAAACCUCCAAAAUUCAUACUGACGACAAAGUGGAUUUGGUAUUGGAAAAAUGAUCAAGGCCAGUGGAUUGAGUAUGGAAGACAGGAUGGAAACCCCGGAGGUUCCUCACUAACUUCUGAUGAUCUGGAGAAUUUAUUUCUAGCAGAUCCAAAUGAAACUGUAGACUUUCAGACUGGCUCUCAACGGUAUCAAAUCUGUUUUAAAGAAAUGGUCCAGAGAAAUGUCCUUUAUCAAACUCAAAGAGAGGUCCGCAGGCGGCCAAAAUUUGUGUCUUCCGAAGAUGUGGAGAAGAUGAAGAAAGGCCAAGCGGAGACUCCUUUAAAUCCAAACUAUCCCAAAGACUGGGACAAAUCUGCACUGCCUGACACUGGGUACAAGGCUGUGGUGAUCACUAAAGAGUCUUCUGAAUACGCUACAAUUGCGAAGCUGUUUCAACAGACAAUGAAAGGUUAUGUUAUCCAUUGUAUGAAGAGGAUUCAGAACCCAUCCCUUUGGCAAGUCUUUCAGUGGCAAAAGGAGCAGAUGAAGAAGAACAACAGAGGAAAGGAUGUAUACGAGAGGCUCCUGUUCCAUGGAACCAGCAGUUCCUUUCUGGAAUCCAUAUGCACUCAGAAUUUUGACUGGAGAAUCUGCGGAGUCCAUGGAACCAGCUAUGGAAAAGGAAGUUACUUUGCAAGAGAUGCUAGUUAUUCCCACGCUUACAGUCAGUCUCCUACUACCAAAAUGAACAUGAUGUUUGUGGCACGGGUUCUGGUUGGAGAUUUCAUCAGAGGAAAUGCAACCUAUGUUCGUCCCCCAUCAAAAUCUACUAAUACGAUCAACUUAUAUGAUAGUUGUGUGGACAAAGAGUCUGAUCCCUCUAUUUUUGUCAUAUUUGAGAAGCAUCAGAUUUACCCAGAGUAUAUAAUAGAAUAUCACGAAGACAAAAAAUGUACUGUAUCUUAGAUAUAGGAAUGUACUAUGUCUUAGAUAAGGAAAGGAACAGUUUGCAUAUCUCAGCUAAUUGUUGAUAUUGUUAAGGGGGUUUUAUUUGGGUUUAUUUGUUAUACUGAUAAGGGUCUCAUUUUUAACAUUAACACUCUCCAACCAUUUUUGCAAAUAAUUUGGUACUUGAAGGAGGUUUGCAAGAUGAACAUCCUGCUUGUUAGAAGACUAAUCUUUUUCAUCAGGCCAUUAACAUUCAUCUAAUCAGAAAAUGUGAUUACAGGUAACAUGAACUGACAAAGUUAUGGGGACACGGUUGUUGAUUUUUAUGAUUCUUCUUUGGUUAGAAAUAAUUUUAAACAAACUUUAGUAAGUCAAUAUAUAAAGGACUUGGCUUUAGAAAUAACUACAAAUGCGAAGAAAACAACUGACUUUAGUGUAGCUCAUAAGCAAAUUUCUAAGUGUAUAGUUUUUUUAGAUUUGUACCGAUUAUAGUUCUUCAAGUAGGAAACCUUUAUAGAAGGGGCUCUUUAUUGUAGAUCUACAAUUUCUGAUUAUCUCUACUGUUAUUUCUAAGCAGUUUGAAGUACCUACUAUGUAAUGAACAUGGUCUAGAAUUUUCUCUCUUAGUGAUAUUUGUUAAAACAAUAACUUAGAAAAAUUAAGACUUUCCCUUUAAAUUGGUGUAAAGACUAGGUUUUAAAAUGUAGGAAUUUCUUAAACAUGCACCAGCAAUGUCAGUCUAAUGGUUGAUAUAGAAGACAAUCAGAUAAAAUUCUGUUUACCCUUCUGCUGUAGGCUUGUGCAGCUUUAUCUUUAGGUCAGGGUAAGACCAUUAUAGUAGGCAAUCUGGGAAAAGAAAAACGCUGGAAUUUUUUUCUCAGUUGCUAACGACUACAAGCAUAAAAUGAAAGGUAGCGUUGAAUUCAUUUGAAAACCUUGCUUGUAGUAUAUGUUGUUUUCCAUGUGUGGACAUGGGAAUGCUGUAGGACAGAAGUAAAAAGUUGUGUUAUACUGUUUUCUAUCCUACAGGACAAACGUAAAUUCUCGUUGAGCUGGAGAUGUCGCGUGACUUGCACAGAGAGAAUGUUUCUGAUGAUGUUCUCAAUCACUUGUGCAUUAGCAUAUGCUCUGUUGCCUAAACUUUGUUGUGUUUUGUGCGGCCCAUUCUACACUAAGAAAAUUGCCUACUGCUGACAGUGGUAGAGUGAUAAAUGGUUCUGAUCUUUCUUCAGGUAAACCACGUUUAAUGUCAGCAUUUGCAGGAAUGAGCAACUGUUUUAAUGGCAACUGAGCCUGUUUAGUUAACUGAUCUGCAGACUAAGAUGCUUGCAUUUCAGGGCUUCAAUGGAAACGAAGAUCAUAAAUUUCCAUCAACUUCUGUCACUUUUCUAAGUGCUGAUCUUUUCAGUUGAGACGUCAGUGAAUAUUUUUGGUGAGACUGAGAAAAAUCCUCCAGCUAGUGGGAGGGAAACAUAUCUACUAACGUUUUGGAAUGUGACUAAUUGAAGAUAAUCAUACUCUGCCAGAUUUUGGAGGGAAAAAUAGUUUUAUUUUUUCUGAAGUAUAAUUUGUUAAAUUACAUCCUAGGAAGGAGUAUUAGACAAAUUUCAAGUCUGAAGAUACAAACGUAAACUGUUUAGUUUAGCAAGUUCCCACGGGGGGAGGGGGGUGUAAGACUAGCAAAUCAUACUGCAAGAACUGUUCGAAGCAAUUAUACAUUUAAGUGUUUUUUCAAUAUAAUCUUAAAAUCAGAAAUAUUGGAUUUGGUAGUGGCAGUGGAUGGCUUUUUUACAUUCUUUUUCUUUUGUAGUCCAUCAUUGAAUUUCCAAAAUUAUCCUUAAACUUGCUACAGUAAAAAUUAAGUAUAUACUCAAUAUUCUUCUGUUGUUAGACAUGUAGCUUAAUAUGCCAUUAACAUAGUGGGCAAAUGACCAGGGUAUUAUUGGCAUUGUGUCGUGGCUCUUGUUCUUUUGCAUUCUGAAUCAAUGUCUAGCAUCGGCCAACUGCUCAUUAUGAAAGAUCAAGUCAAAUGACAGUUUUUGUACAGAAGUGGUCUGUAACUGAGCUUUGCAAUUACAAAGUGCCUGUAAUAAACUAGAUAUCAAAAAGUGUGGUUGGUUAUAUCAUUUUGUCAAUUAUGUGGAAUCUGAGAUCCUCCCUGCUAUCGGCUAGUUAAAGUAGUAAAAAGAGCAAAAGGUUUGUGGUUCUACUGUUCUAAAUGGGGAGGGGAUGGGUGGGUGCAAAUGUUCUGCCAAUGCUGGUUCAGAAUGUAACUUUCAUUCAGCUUGCACAAAUGAAAUAGCACCAAGAAGACUCCCAAUAAACAUGUAGAAGACAUUAUUUUUGUAAUCAACAUAGUGCAUUUUGUAAAUGGCACAGAUUUAUAAAGUACAAGUUAUGCCUGAUACUCAUUUUGACCAAAAAUACUACUUCAAAAAAUGUUCAAUUCAGGGGCUUAAAGACUUAACCACACUGGUAAAGAAGCCAUUGCAUAGUAAGCCUAUGCUGUGAAUUUACAGCACAAUAGCUGCUCCAUAGUCACUUGCCAUCUGUGUACUCUCAAUGGGCACAUCUACAUGUGCCAUUAGGGGGCAGCACUAAACUGUAGAGCUUAUUGUUCCAUAGUUUAUUGCUCCUGGGAAGCUCCAAGGCACCCGGUUUACACAUGCGCCUGGACUGCAGCACAUUGAGCUGAGUUGCAGCACCCCUGGCAGGCAGGGCUGCUCCUACUAGGCUCAUUGUGCUGCAGAGGGGCUGGCUGGAACCUGAGGGUGCUUCAGUGUGGGGCUAGCCAACAGGCACCCUUGUGCUCCAGCCAGCCAGCUCAGCAGCUACAUAUGCGCUGUUACACAUGAAAACCCUGCAGCAGGAUAGUACUUGUAUUUACAAGUCCUGCCCUGUUGUGGAGUUUUAGCUUCAUGCUCCCUAAUAGGGGUGCACGCGAGGCAUUUACUGUACAGCUAAUUAGUCAGCUGUGCAGUAAACGUCUUAAGAAUGCUUUUGUUUGGACAUGGUUUAUUUCACUUUGCAAUAAAGUGAAAUUUACUUUAUUUUACUAUGCACAUUUACUAUGGAGUAAACUGACUUUGCUCCACAAUAAAAGUGGAGCAGGCACAUGACUCACAGCCUUACCUGUUUAAGCCACUGCAGAGUACAGGCAGUCCUUGACUUACAACGUUUUGCACUUACAAUGUUUAUAAAUUGACACCCUGUUUCAACUUGAUGAUGUCAGUUUCUACUUACAAUGCUUG